AUGUCUGGAAUUUACGUCCUGUGUCGGCUGCCGUAGCUACCAGAGGAAGAAUGGCCGGCUGGAUGUGGAUCCGCUGCUUUUUGGGGCCUCAUCUCCAGAGAGUGCACCGUUCACAGGCGGAGUCCCGAACCGAAGGAAGAGCAGGGAGGAGGGGAUGGACUUAUCAACCCAAGAGCCUGGAGAAACACACUGACAGCAUCCUCGGAUGGGCGUCAGCUUUGUGGUCUCUGUCAUACUACAGCUCCCCUCUCCUCCUCUGUUACCUUUACAGAAAAGGGUACAUCUGCAGCAGUAAGCUGGUCCCAGUCAGUCAGUAUGUGGGAACAGUAAUGGUUUGUCUGCUGGGAGUUGCCUGUCUGAGAGGUUGGGGACGGUGGAGGAACUCAGAGUAUCUACAGUUCAUCUCCAUUCUGGAGGAAACCAGGAAGAACCACACGUCUAGCAACAAGAAAAAACUGGCCUGCUAUGAUUUUGACUUCUCUCACUGGCCGGCAGACUUCAGCUGGGAAGAAGUUAGCAAUCCGAAGCUGCUGUCCAAGACAGGAGUGUCUCUACUGAAGCCAGAGCCCAAACUGAGAGGGGCAGCAGACAGCGUGCUCAACUCUUUACGCACUCUACCAUGCCACAUCGUCAGUUUUCUGAUUGCCCACUCAUUUGGGAGGAGGAUGCUGUACCCUGGGUCUGUAUUCCUACUGCAAAGGGCUAUGAGACCCAUGCUACAACAGGGCCAGGCUAGACUUAUAGAAGAGUGUGAGGGCCAGAGGAACAAGCUGGUGGCGUGUGAUGGGAAUGAGAUUGAUACCAUGUUUGUGGACCGCAGGAGAGACGAAGGACAGCACGGACAGACUCUGGUGAUCUGCUGUGAGGGGAACGCAGGCUUCUAUGAGGUGGGCUGUAUGAACACUCCAUUGGAAGGUGGAUACUCAGUGCUUGGCUGGAACCACCCUGGCUUUGCAGGAAGCACGGGUGUACCGUUCCCCCAGAACGAGGCCAAUGCCAUGGAUGUAGUGAUCCAGUUUGCAGUGCACAAGCUGGGCUUCCAGCUCAGUGAAAUAGUGGUGUAUGCCUGGUCCAUAGGGGGAUUCACAGCCAGUUGGGCGGUGAUGUCCUAUCCAGAGAUCCAAGCGCUGGUGUUGGAUGCAUCCUUUGAUGACCUGCUGCCUCUGGCCCUCAAGGUCAUGCCCGACAGCUGGAGGCCGCUGGUGACACAUACAGUCAGGCAGUACAUGAACCUCAACAGCGCAGAUCAGCUCUGCAAGUACCAGGGACCAGUGCUUCUGAUCAGAAGAACCAAAGAUGAGAUCAUUACCACCACGGGUCCAGAAGACAUCAUGUCCAACAGAGGAAACAACCUCCUGCUCAAACUUCUGCAGUUCAGGUACCCCCAGGUGAUGACAGAUGAUGGAGUCAGGGCCAUCAGAGCAUGGCUGGCAGCCUCCAACCAUGUAGAAGAGGCAGCGGUGUACAGUAGCUAUGAGGUGGAUGAUGACUGGUGUGUGUCUGUUCUGCAGUCGUAUAAGACGGAGAGAGAUGUUUUCUUCCCCUGGAGCGUUGGUGAGGACAUGACACUGGAGGGAAGACGGCAACUGGCUCUUUUCCUGGCACGGAAGUACAUGCGGAACUUCGACUCAACUCACUGCACUCCUCUCCCCUACUCUGAAUUCACUGCCCCUUGGAGACUGUAGAAAGAGGGUUGAAGGAUGGAUAGAAACGAGAAGCAAAGAGCCUGGCGGGGACCAACCAAUCAGAGGUUUACAGCGCAUAGAUUGAAUGUAUCUAUGGGAGGUGUACAAGGCAGCUAGACCCAGUCGGUAUUGGAAUGUUGCGACCCUGCCCACCUGGCUCAUAGCAAAACCUUGGCAUUUGUCUACUUGUUUUAAUCAAUUACAAAAUGUACAUGUCUAAAGAUUACUGCUCCCUAGCGUUCUCGCUACUUAGAAAAACGUAAUAUUGCCUCAUGCCCCUGUCGGACGCCAUGCUAGCGUCCGACAGGAACAUCAAGCUAGUCCCAAACGAACUGUGAUAGUGCUUUCCCCACGCCAAAUAGCCUGAAGCCACAGGGCUCUUCCUCGACAUGGGAGCAUUGUCAACAGUAGGUUGUGAUUUUUGACCUGGCUACAUGUACAAUUGAACACUGCAGCUUUUUAGCAUGUUUUAUUUCUGUACAAAAUAAAAAUAAACAAAGUUGGCUCUUU